UGUUCCAGGUAUCAGUUCCGGUUAAUACCGCUGUACAAUUACUUUUCACUUAAGGAUUCAUUUUACGUAGUUAAUGGUAUGAAACCGGACAAGUUAGACCGGUGUUUUAGGUUUGCCGUGAUCGACUCCGGAGAUGCUUGGUGAAGUCAAGGAUGUAUGGAAAUGAAAAUCCUGCUUAUCCACCAAGGCCAUCUAGAGAGAGUGUUGUUGAGAGAGACUACUAUUUCAGAAAUGAUAGCUGUACUUACCCAGCUGUCAAGCCCAAGUUUGUCAAUGCUCCAACACUCAUCAUUAUGGUUGGCUUACCAGCCAGAGGGAAAACCUACAUUGCAAAGAAGCUUUGCAGAUACCUCAACUGGAUUGGCAUAAGCUGCAGAGUCUACAAUGUUGGGGCUUAUCGGCGCAAGGCAGUUGGCACGGACAGAAUGCAUGACUUUUUCAGAGUUGACAAUGUAGAGGCCUUAGAAAUAAGAAAGAAAUGUGCCUUGGAAGCUCUUGAAGAUGUCACAGAAUGGCUCGAAGGACAACACAGAGUUGCGAUUUUUGACGCCACAAACACUACCAGAGAACGAAGAAAAAUGUUAGUUGAGCAUUGCUUAGACCACCAAUUUAAGGUCUUCUUUGUUGAAUCCUUUUGUGAUGAUCCAAAUCUGAUAACACAAACUGUCAAAGAAGUCAAAAUCUUCACACCAGAUUACACAAAUAUCGAUUCAGACAGAGCAAUAGAAGAUUUCAAGGAGAGAAUAAAGCACUAUGAGGCAGUUUAUGAGCCAUUGUCAGAUAACAUGGAAGGAGAAGGCUGCUUUUCCUUCAUCAAGAUCAUUAAUGCUGGAGUGCAAUUCCUUGUCAAUAAUGUUGAUGGUUAUCUACAAAGCCAGGUCGUAUAUUAUCUGAUGAACAUCCAUAUUCUCCCAAGGUCAAUUUACUUGACAACGCACGGGGAAUGUAAUCAUAAUCUAGAAUGCGAAGUUGGUGGAAACUCAAGCUUAGCUGAAAAUGGCACCAAGUUCUCGAAAGCCCUUGCUGAAUUUGUCAAAGAUGAGAAGAUUAAUGAUUUGAAGGUCUGGGUGAGCUCAUUAGAUGGACCCAGAGAAACAGCUGGCUAUUUGCCGGUUUCAAGUGAAACAUGGAGAGCGCUCGACUAUCUCGAUUGCGGUGAUUGUCAUGGCACUGCAUUUAAAGAUUUAGCGAUCAAAUUUCCUGGAAUUUUUACCCCUCAUAAAGGACCACUGGAUUUUACAUGGAGAUACCCUGGAGGCGAGUCUUACAAAGACAUGCUAUCUCGUUUGGAACCUGUUAUUAUGGAACUCGAGAGACAGGAAAAUGUCCUUGUUGUAUCACACAGGACGACGAUGCGAUGUUUACUGGCCUACUUCUUAGACCACAACCCAGACGAAGUACCAGGAAUGAAUGUUCCUCUUCACACUGUUUAUAAAUUAACUCCAGUCGCAUACGGCUGCCGUGUGGAAAAAUGGAGCUUGAAAGAGGAUGGUACCCUCUCUUGAAAAGUCAAGAAUUUUGGUCAUUAAUUGCAUGAAAAUUUUCAUCGCUCAACUUACUGAAAUGUAAAACUCUUAAGGAUCCUAUUUAAAUAAGAGUGGUAUCAAUUUUAAUCUUACUAUUUGCAUGUAAAUAACGUGUAAUAUUGAUUUUUUAAUUAUCACAAAUUGCAAAGACUUGAUUUAGCAUUAUCGAAGCUCUGUUUGCUAGGAAUGUUUUUUAGUUAACUGUCAAUGAUUAAUCAGCUAUUGAAAUUGAUCAAUCGUUGAUAGUGUGAUCAUGUAAUAGAGUUGAAUCACUUAGCCUUGUUGCCACUUCAGUAGCGACUGCAAGUGUUAAAGGUUAGGGUAUAAGCUAUAAGUUUUUGUGUUAUCAAGUCGAAUUUGAUCAAUCGGAGACAACCAUAGAAAUCUUAGUAGGAUGUGGAGUUGAAAUAUUAUUUAUGUAUUUUGUAUUUGCUGAAUUUCAUAGAAUCCCUUACCUAAUA